UAAGGGUGGGGGGUUGGUCCUCUAGCAGGCGUCCGUCCAUUGGUUCUCUCCAUUACUGGCUAAGUCUUGAUUCUCGCUGCUUAAUUGUUAGUGGGGAACAAGAAGAAGUGCGCGUUUAGCUAGAUUUAACAUUGAAAUAUUCCGCCAUCCAAGACACCGUAGCUGUAAUAAUAUGGCUCUGCUUCCGCCAUACCUGAAAGACAUCAUCCUUGGGCUUACUGCUGUAAUUCUCUUUUACUACUUUCUCUUGAGGGGGUCCAAAUCUGCCAAGGCCAAAGCAGCUCCCGAAGCUGGAGGUGCAUGGCCGAUUUUAGGUCAUCUCCCUUUGUUGGCAGGACGUGAGCUUCCCCACAUAACUUUGGCAGCCUUAGCUGAUAAGUAUGGACCUAUCUUCACCGUCAGGAUUGGGAUAUACUCAGCUUUGGUGGUCAGUUCCUGGGACUUGGCUAAGGAAAUAUUCACCACCAACGAUGCCGCUGUUUGGACCCGCCCCAAAUUUACAGGUUCAAAACUUCUGGGCUACGAUUAUGCCAAUUUCGGAUUCUCCCCUCAAGUUGAAUACUGGCGCGAAAUGCGAAAAUUAACGGCUACAGAGCUACUCUCCAACCGCAGACUUGAGCUAUUAAAACACAUUAGGGCCUCUGAAGUGACAGGCUCAAUGAAGGAUCUGUACAAGUUGUGGACAAAAAACAAAGAUGAGACAAACCAAGUCAUGGUGGACAUGAAGAGAUGUUUUAAUGACAUAAAUAUGAACGUGAUUCUCAGGAUGGUUGCAGGAAAGAGGUACUUUGGUAAUAGUUCUGCAGGUGACGAGGGAGAGGCCCGGCGAUUCCAGAAGGCGAUGAGGGAGUUCUUUUACUUGUUAGGGCUGCCUGUAGCGAGGGAUGCUUUUCCAUUUCUUGGGUGGAUGGAUUUAGGUGGAUAUGAGAUGGCCAUGAAGAGAACUGCUAAGGAAUUUGACAGUAUCAUUGGAGAGUGGUUAGAGGAUCAUCACAGGAAGAGAGAAACUGGCCAAGUGUCUAACAGAGACCAAGACUUCAUGGACGUCUUGCUGUCGGUGCUUAAUGGUAUUGAUCUUGCUGGUUAUGAUGCUAAUACUGUUAUAAAAGCUACAUCCAUGACUAUUAUUGCAGGGGGUACUGAUACCACAACUGUUACGGUAACAUGGGGACUGGCGCUAUUGUUAAACCAUCCCAUUGCACUGAGGAAGGCCCAAGAAGAAUUGGACAUUCAAGUUGGCAGAGAAAGACUUGUGAAUGAAUCAGACAUAGAUAAACUGGUAUAUCUCCAGGCAAUAGUUAAGGAGACGAUGAGGCUAUACCCUGCUGGUCCACUAUCAGGACGUCGGGAAUUCUCCGAGGAUUGUACCAUCGGUGGUUACCAUGUCCCAGCAGGUACCCACCUAAUGGUUAACAUUUACAAGAUCCAUAGGGAUCCGCGGGUGUGGUCAAAUCCAAUGGAAUUUGAACCAGAGAGAUUUCUGAACACACACAAGGAAAUUGAUGUGAAAGGUCAGAAUUUUGAGCUCAUUCCAUUUGGUGCCGGUAGGAGGGCAUGCCCUGGGAUAAAUUUUGGCAUUCUGAUGACUCAAUUAGUUCUGGCAAGUUUCCUUCAAGCAUUUGAGAUGUCAACCCCAUCAAAUACACCAGUUGACAUGACUGAGACUGCUGGAUUAACAAAUAGCAAAGCCACCCCUCUUGAAGUUCUGGUGAAACCUCGCUUGCCUGCUUGUCUCUAUGAUUAGAGAUGAAGGUAUUUGCCAUGAUAUGUUAUUGAAACAUUAGUUUUUGAUUGAAGUCUUAUAGGUUAAUGUAAUGCUGAAAAUUCCAAAUAAAAAGAUGGAUCACAAUUCAAAAAGUUAGCUGUAAAUUAUGUUUAUAUAUGCACGUACUCCUUUUGUCCA